AUGAUCUGUCGAGGUCGGCUCCAGCCCUUAGUCUUCUUGGUGAGCCCCGUCUCCAUCCUCACCAGCCGGCUUCCCUUCUGUGGGCACCGCCUCAUCUCCCACUCCUACUGCGAGCACAUGGCUGUGGUAAAGCUGGUGUGUGGGAAUGUCAGAGCCAACAUCACAUAUGGCCUAUUUGUGGCUUUCAUGGCUUUCAUGGUGGUGGGCUUUGAUGUGCUUGUGAUCUCUGUGUCCUAUGCCAUGAUCUUGCGGACAGUCAUGAGGCUCCCAUCCACCGAGGCCCGUCUCAAAGCCGUCAGCACCUGCGCUUCCCACACCUGUGUCACCCUGGCGUUCUACAUCCCAGCCCCCUUCACCUUCCGCACCCACCGAUUUGGCCACCACAUCCCACACCACCUUCACAUCAUGGUGGCUAAUCUCUAUCUUCUGGUGCCCCCCAUGCUGAACCCCAUUGUGUAUGGGAUAAGAACCAGGCAGAUCCAGGGCAGGGUGAUCCGUCUGUUCCAGCUGAGAGGGAUUUGA